UAUAAUUAUUAUUUUUUUUUAAUAUUUCAGGACAGUGUCAAGUUAGAGAAAGCAGAUAUAAUGGAAAUGACUGUAAGAUAUAUUGAAGAUAUUCAACAAAAACAGUCAGCAGAAGGUCGUAACAGAGCACAACUGGUAAUGAACAGCUUUAUACGAGGUUAUACCACUUGCAUCAACGAUGUAUCUAAUAGUCUGACAGCCAAUCAUAUCACAAAUGACGUCAAAUCUUCAGUAACCAAUCACCUAGCAACAAAUUAUACCAAUAUGACAACAAGACUACAGACCCAAGAACCACAGGCCUCCAGUUAUAGUUUUGACCGAUUAGCUACAAGCACACCUUGCAGUUAUUUACCAACCAAAGAAAGUAAACCAUACCAGUUGUUAUCACCAAUAAUUGACACACAUGCACAGUAUUCCUCAUCAUGUGACACCUUAAGCUGCAAUGAUUGGUCCUCUACAUAUUCAGCAUCACCUUCAGUUUCACCAAACAUGCAUUCACCUUCAGAUUCAGGAGUUGAUGGUUCAACUGGUGACAACUCUGUUUGGCGACCAUGGUAACAACAGCCAUUUUGUACAGAGACAUAUUUGUAAUUAGACUGUGUUAAAACAUUUUGGUGCAUGAUAAUUUAUUUGUAUAGUGCUAUAUUCUAAAUGUCAAAUAUGAUAAAUUA